AUGGGGGAUCUACCAAGUUAUCGUGUCACGCCGUCACCAGUGUUCUCCAAAACCGGAAUAGAUUUCGCUGGCCCAUUUGUGCUGAAGGAAAGCGGCCGCAAACCGAAGUUCUACAAAGCGUACGUCUGUGUAUUUGUGUGUAUGUCCGUUAAGGCCGUGCACCUGGAACUGUGUACCGAUCUACGAUCCGAAACAUUUCUUGGAGCAUUACAACGGUUCGUGAGUCGACGCGGCCUUCCUAGUGAUCUUUUUUCUGACAACGGCACAACUUUUGUUGGCGCUGACCACGAAUUGGCAAAUUUGAGGAAGCUGUUCGAAGAUCAAAUGCACACCGCGAGGGUAACUGAUUUCUGCAGUGCAAAAGGGAUCACCUGGCACUUCAUACCUCCCAGAAGCCCACACUUUGGCGGGAUCUGGGAGGCUGGAGUUAAAUCGAUGAAGCACCUACUGAAACGUGUCGUUGGAGAAACUCGAUUGACCUACGAGGAAAUGGCAACCUUCCUAGCCGAAGCUGAAGCUGUAUUGAAUUCGCGUCCAUUGUGUCCUCUUUCGGACGACCCAAGUGACUUGGAAGCCUUGACCCCGUCGCAUUUCCUCAUUGGGCGUCCCGGUCAGGCAAUCACCGAGCCGUCGUAUAGUCAACAGAAGAUCAACAGGCUGUCAAGGUGGCAGCACGUGCAGAGUAUGAGAGAACAUUUUUGGAACCGGUGGUCCACGGACUACCUCCACACGUUGCAGACCCGGCAGAAAUGGAAGGAUGGCGUUCUCGAUAUCAAGAUAGGAUCCUUGGUGUUGCUUCGUGAUGAAAAUCUAUCUCCACAGCUGUGGAAAAUGGGCCGUAUCGUUUCAUUGCACCCGGGCAAGGACGGCAUAGUCAGGGUGAUUACCGUCAAAACUUCCAGCGGCGAAUACCGACGUGCAGUGGCGAAGGUGUGCCUGCUGCCAGAUGUUGAAUCGGACGAUCCAAGGGGGGGUGUAUGA